CGGAAUCCAGACGGAAUCCUAACGGAUCAUUGUGCCAGUAGCUGGCACGGGCACCAAGGGUUCCUUAGCAAGCCUGGCCUGGCCCGAUAUGUCGAAGAGGACGAAGGGUAGCAAGCAACGCAAGGAAGAUGGAAAAGUCGACGAUGGAGAAGCUCUGGCUAUGGAGGGAGGAAAUGAUGGGAGCGGAGAAGGAUUCGAAUCGCAUUGUGGAGUAGAAGAGGGAAUGAGAAAAGAUAAAGUGAGAAAGGACAAAAAGGAGAGCAUCGUGGUGAUGGACGACGGGAGAGAGAAGGGGAAAGAGAAAGGAAUGACGAAGGAGGAGAAGAAGAAGAAGAAGAAGAAGAAGAAGGAGAAGAAGAAGGAGAAGAAGCAGGAGGAGGAGGAGGAGGAGGAGGAGGAGGAGGAAGAGGAGGAGGAGGAGAAAAGGGGAAAGGAGGGGAAGAAGGAGGAGGACAAUAAGCAGCAGAGUAAUGUGGAAGAUCAGAGAGCGGCGGCGCCAAACAAGACAUUGGAGUGGGAGGGGAGGAGGAAGGAUGAAGUGGAGAAGAAGAAGGAUAGGGAGGAGGAGAAGAUGGAGGCGAAGAAGAUCGAGAGGGACGUGGCGAUGGAGGAGGGGCAAAAGAGGAGGGAGGAGAGGGAGAAGUCGAAGAAGAAACUGAAGAAGCAAAGUACGGAUAUGGAGGUAAUCGAAAAGAAGAAGGGAAGGGAGGAAAAGAAGGAGGCGAAGGAAAAGGAGAGGGAAAGGAUAGAGGAAAUUAAGGAGGAGAGCAUGGCGAUGGACAAAAAACGGAAAAGGAAAGAUAAGAAGAAGUGUGAGGUCGAUCAGCAGGAGGAGGAGGAGGAGGAGGAGGAGCAGGAGCAGGAUAUGGUGACGGCAAAGGAGGACCAGAAGCGGAGGGAGAAAAAGGAGAAAGAGGAGAAAAAGGAGAGAAAGGAGAAAAAGGAGAAGAAGAGAGAGGAAGAGGAUAUGAUGGAGGAGAAGGAGCGUAAGGUGGAAGAGGAGAAAGAGAAAGAGAGAGAGAGGAAGAAGAGAUCUGGGAAGGAAGCGGAUGAUGGCGUCCUGAGGAGGAAGGGCAAGAAGGAAAGGACUGAGAUGGAGGAAGACGAGGUCGAGGAGAGGAUGGCGAUGGAGGAAGGAGGGGAUACAAAGAGGAAGAAGAAAGAUAUGGAGGUUUCGGCGAUGGAGGAGGAUGAGAAAAACAGAAAGAAGAAGGAGAAGAACAAGAAGAAAAAGCAGCUCAUGCCGAUGGCGAUGGACGAUGAGGAAGGUAGGAAGAAGAAGACGAAGGACACGGCGAUGGUGAAUGACGAGGAGGAGGAAAGGGACAGAGAGAGACACAAGAAAAAGAGGGCAAGGAAAGUGGAGCAAGAAGAGGAGAAGGAGGAGGAGGAGGAGGAGGAGGAGGUAGAUAUGGUGGUGCGAUUGAGAGUAAAGGAGGAAACUGCCACGACGACUACGACAAAGACGAAGAAGAAGACGAAGAAGAAGAAGAGAACGGGUAAGGAGGAGGAAGGGAUGGUGGAGACGGCGAUGGAGGGUGGAGGAAGGGAUGCCAUCGAAGGGUGGAAGAGGAGCGAGCAGGUGAUUAGAGAUGAUAGGGAUGGUGAUGAGGAUGAUGACGGCGAUGGAGGAAUGGACGCCAUGGAAGAGGUCGAUUUGGAGGCAAGCAUUGAUGGGAACAGAGCGCAGGACCGUGAGGCGACUCGUGAUCAUAACGACGAAGAGAAUAGUGCAAGCGAUGAUGAAGCUCUGGCUAUGGCGACGGCCAUGGAUUGUGACGACGACGAGGGGGAGAGAAAGAAGGAGACAAUUGAUUGUCCCGAGUCGGAAAAAGCCCCCCCCCCAAAAACGCAGGAAAGGCCCGAAUUGCAAUUCAAGGUGAAAGGUCCGCCGUUACUACCUUGGAUGAGAGCACCUGUGGAGAUAAAGAAGGAAGCUUCGUUGAAUCUUCGCAGUGUGCCGGGCUUGGAUCCGAGGAUUUUACAAGCGCUGGCGAAAACUGAGAUUAAAGAGCUGUUCCCGGUGCAGACGGCCGUAUGGAAGGAGAUGAUGGGAGGAGGAGGUGGGGAAAGGGACGUUUGCAUUUGUGCCCCUACAGGGAGUGGAAAGACGCUCGCAUAUGUGUUGCCCAUUGUUCAAGCUUUGUCCUCACGUGUGGUGAGGCGCCUGCGAGCUCUUGUGGUUCUACCAACCCGCGAUCUUGCAACUCAGGUUAAAGAAGUGUUUGACAUCGUAGCGCCGUCCGUCGGGCUGCAGGUGGGGUUGUCCAUUGGCCAAAGCUCCUUGGCAGUGGAGGCGGAACGGUUGGUUUGUCGGGGGUAUGGCCAUGGGGUGGGGCUGUUCCCAGUACUCUCCCAUGGGAUUUCAGACUAUUUAGGGGUAGGGAAAUUCAGCAAUUGGGGGAGUGAAAGGGAUUUCGCCCUUGGUGAGGUGGGGGAAGAGGAGUGUGAGAGUGGCAUCGAUAUCUUGGUAGCAACCCCUGGCCGCCUUGUGGACCACCUUAACGAGACACCAGGAUUCACUCUACAACACCUGCAGUUCUUGGUUGUCGACGAGACAGAUCGAUUGCUGCGGCAGUCUUACCAGGGCUGGCUGCCAAGUGUGCUAAAGGCAGCAGUGGUGCUCGAGGAGGAGCGAAUGACACCAGCAGGAGGAAGUUGGCGCAGAGAAAAAGGAGGUGGUUUGCCGGCUGCGGGAAUGAUUCGCACAGUGCGGCGUAGGUGUUUAGAACGGGGUAUUAGGACUUUCACUCCAAGGCUUGUAAAGAUCGCUUUGUCUGCAACUUUGACAAGAGAUCCUGCAAAGAUACAACGGCUGGAGCUGCAUCGACCUCUCUACUUUACGAUGAGUGCCACUGACCAUCGGUACUCAGUUCCAGCCCAGCUUCAGGAGUACCAUGUACGGCCAAAGUUGAGGCCAGUCGAGUACAUGUCCAAGAAGAUGCCGUCUCAGAAGUUGGCCAAGUCCACUUAUGAGAAGGAACUCUAUGCGGUUUAUAAGGCACUGACCCACUGGAGACAUUAUCUCCUCGGGAGGUUCUUCAUCCUCAGGACUGACUAUCAGACCUUGAGAUGGAUGAGAGCUCAGCCAGUGCUCUCCGACGCUCUGAAGCGUUGGAUCGAAGUCAUCGAGCAGUAUGAUUUUGAUCCACAGUAUCUCAAAGGAGAAUACAAUAAGGUUGUUGACGCCUUAUCGCGUAGGCCUGACUUCUCAGGUGCGCUAAUUACUAAGUUCGAUCUUGCGGACAAUGUAACUCGCUCUUUGGUGGAAGCCAAUCUCGAGGACCAGUUCAUGUCUGAGAUCAUACGCAGACUAGAGGCGAAGGACAAGAGGACUUUCGCCGAGUUUGAGUUGGUCAACGGCUUGCUAUUCCUUGAGAAGGCAGGGAAUAAACGUUUGUGUGUUCCUAACGGGGAGUCUUUGCGUAGUUUGUUUUUACGCGAGUGUCAUGAUGCCACCGGCCAUUUUGGUUACAAAAAGACAGCAGCCAAUCUGUUGCAACGGUUCUGGUGGCCCACGAUGAUGAGAGAUGCUCAGCUGUACGUGGAGACUUGUCAGGUCUGUCGGAGGGACAAGCCACGUACUCAGGCUCCUGUUGGGCUCCUGAAGCCCCUGCCGAUUGCGGAAAGGCCUGGUGAGAGCUUGUCCAUGGACUUCAUGGAUACGCUAGUCACCAACAAGAGCGGAAUUAGACACAUCUUCGUUAUCGUGGAUAGAUUUAGUAAGUACGCUAGGUUAAUUGCCAUGCCGGAGACAGCGAAGACCGAGUACAUAAUCAGAUUAUUCAAGGAGAACUGGGUCAGGGAUUUUGGUCUGCCUAAGUCAAUCGUGAGUGACAGGGAUGUCAGAUUCACCAGUGAGUUGUGGAAGGUUGCCGCUGCCGAACAGGGAACGCAGUCGCAGAUGACUUUUGGGAAUCAUCCAGAGGCCAAUGGCCAAGCCGAACAACUGAACCGCGCUGUCCAACACCUGUUGCGGCAUUACAUCAAGCCCAAUCAGGUAGACUGGGAUGAGAAGCUUGCUCUCAUCACCAGCCUGUAUAACAACGCUGUGCACAGCGCCACCGGGGUCAGCCCUAACAGCUUACUACUGACUUUCAAACCUAGACUGCCCCUAGAUUUUAUAUUACCUGAGAACCAGCCGACUGCUGCACCGGGUACAUUAGAAUUCGCUUAUCGAUAUGAACAGGAGAUGCAGCAGGCAGUGGAACAAAUGCAGAAGGCACAGGCGGCAAUGAUAGAGUCCGAAAGCAAACACCGCCGCCCGUCUACAUUUCAGGUAGGGGACAGAGUUUGGGUUAAGUCCUCAGAACUGGGACAGGAGCACGGUAUAUCCCGCAAGCUCAUGCCUCAGUACUUUGGACCAUGGGAGGUCUUAGAUAUUGUUGGGACUGAUCCGGAUGGGCCUUCCUAUGUAAUCCGGGUCCCAGGUCACCUCCAUACUUAUCCCGUCUUUCACGCCUCCCAGCUUGCACCUUCUAAAGAAACCGACCAGUUUCCUUCUCGUCGCUCAAUGCUGCCCCCAACCAUCGACGGAGAGGUGGACAUUGAUAACAUCAUGGACCACAGAGAAUUGCCAGCUCCAAGACCGACGGGCAGGCGACGUCCACCAAAACCAAAGCUGCAGUACCGCGUUCGGUUCCGGCAUCAUAGUGAUCCCAAGGAGGACCGAUGGUUUACCAGAGAGGAACUCAUGCAGACCGCUUUUCAAGCUGUAACUCAAUACGAGAAGUCUCUGCAGAAAGGAAAGCGCCAGAUUAUCGAAGACUGAACUUCUCAGAGGACUAUCGAAGUUAUGGAGGAGGGAAUGAGAGGCCAAGGCCCCGAUGAGCCCCUUUUUUCGGCCCUGUCAUGCAAUAUGUCGGCCGCCCUAAGUGAAGGCAGGCUCGACGAGGGCCUGAGGACAUCACACAACUGAGGAAAAUUCAGGCAGUUGUGCAACACCAGUUCGUUGAGAGCACCCAGGCCCAGGACUCCUGGUUGCAUGCAUGGAAGGUAGGCCCUGGGCUGGAUACGGGAUAUGGGCCAAACACAGGCCGAGGGCAGUAGGGCACAAGUAACCACCGCAGGCCCUGAUC